GUUGCUGGCUGACUGACUGCAGCUCCUUCAACUUCACGUGUCAUCUCCAACAAUAGCGCGCUUCCGCCACUGCGAAUGUGCAAGGUUGUCGGCCGACCACGAUGUCGCUAACAGCCGUGCAGAGGGCUCUCGUGCCCACAGUGCGGGUGAGCAUCUCCAGUUCUCCCCGCGCAUCCUCCAGAGCUGCAGCAGCAGCAAUGCUCGCUCUCUCCAGACCAGCGCCAACAACGAGGUCAACCGAAUCCCCCCACAUCCGCACCUUUCAUACCACACCACGCAAUGCCCUCCCCAGCGGCCUUGGCCCCGGGGCUAUGCCGCCGACCUACUUCCAAAAAUCCGCCUCCCUCCCCAUGAACACCAUCAUCCGCUUCGUGCCGCAGCAAACAGCCUGGAUCGUGGAGCGCAUGGGCAAGUUCAACCGCAUCCUGCAACCCGGGCUGGCCAUCCUGAUACCCUUCAUCGACCGAAUCGCCUACGUCAAAUCGCUCAAAGAAGUCGCGAUCGAGAUCCCCUCACAGUCAGCCAUCACCGCGGACAACGUUACCCUCGAGCUGGACGGCGUGCUCUACACACGGGUCUUCGACGCAUACAAAGCCUCGUACGGCGUCGAAGACGCCGAGUACGCCAUCUCUCAGCUCGCCCAGACGACGAUGCGAUCCGAGAUCGGCCAGCUGACGCUCGACCACGUGCUCAAGGAGCGCGCCGCGCUCAACACCAACAUCACGGCGGCCAUCAACGAGGCGGCGCAGGCGUGGGGCGUGACCUGCCUGCGGUACGAGAUCCGCGACAUCCACGCGCCCAAGCCCGUCGUCGAGGCCAUGCACCGCCAGGUGACGGCCGAGCGGUCCAAGCGCGCCGAGAUCCUGGACAGCGAGGGCCAGCGCCAGAGCGCCAUCAACAUCGCCGAGGGCCAGAAGCAGAGCGCCAUCCUGGCCAGCGAGGCCGUGAGGGCCGAGAAGAUCAACCAGGCCGCGGGUGAGGCCGAGGCCAUCUUGCUGCGCGCGCGGGCGACCGCGGCGGGGAUCGAGGCGGUUGCGAGGGCGAUUGCCGAGGGCAAGGACGCGGCGCAGGGGGCGGUCAGCUUGUCUGUCGCGGAGAAAUACGUUGAUGCCUUUGGCAAGCUGGCGAAGGAGGGCACGGCGGUGGUGGUGCCCGGGAACGUGGGGGAUAUUGGCGGCAUGAUCGCUACUGCCCUGAGCGUGUAUGGUAAGGUUGGGGAUGCGCAGGCGAAGACGAUGGCGAAGGAUAUCCUGGAGAAGGGCAAGGUGAUUGAGGCGGGGAGUGGCACCGGAGAGACAAGCAAUGACAAGCAUGCGUCGGUGCCGGAGAUGGCUGCGUAGAAGGAAGCAUAGGAUGAACAAGGCGCCUCCUGGACAACAGGCGCAACACAACCAGGCAGCUGCUGGGGUAGGUUAGGGGGAAGGACACCAUAUCUGGCUGUACUAUUGACUUGUCCCGUCGGCAUGGAAACCCGGAAGUGAAAAAGCGAGGGCACGGCGUCAGACGGGCACUUAUUGGACCACUCAGUUGCCAAAUGUAUUUCUACCAAGAAAAGAACCUUGCACAAAUACAGGGAAUUAACUCCAUC